AUGCAAUAUCGUUUUAUUCCACGCAUUCUUAAGCAUACAACAGCAGCUCGAUCGAUUUCACAAAACGUUUACAGAAAAUCAUACCUUGAAUUCAACGACAAUGUUACCUCUGCUAGAAGUAUCUUGACUCCGUUUUACAGACAACGCUAUUAUUCGAAUUUCACUCGUCCACCUUCGCAUUCUACUUGUUCAACUCAAAGAACGAGAAAACUACCAUUGAAGACUAUUUCAACGACUGCUGCUCUGAUACUCGGUUCCUCCUAUUACUUUUAUGAUAAAAAUGAUGUGGUAAAAAACGAAGCAGCAGAAGAUUUUCUGGCACCUAUGUCUGCCUUCAACCAUUCUAACACAAGAAGUACUGUAGCUGAACUUCUAGAUGAUACCAACCGAACUGCUAUGCAAGCCAGAUCAACCGAGGAGCUUUUGACAGGUUUGUUUGUUUAUAAGUUAUGCUCGUUUCCUUGGCUUGUCGAAGCUGCUCCUUAUCUCAUCACUUUGGCUGAAAAGCUGCAUUUGGAAAGCGUCAUGUACUGGUUUGUUCGACAUACCUUUUUUACGCAAUUUUGUGGUGGUGAAACAGCCGAUGAAUGUGUUGCCACCAUGACUCGACUUUUGCAAUCGGGCAUCAAUUGUAUUUUGGACUUGAGCAUAGAAGCUGACCUUCACAUGGAUGACGCACGUGUUUCAGUUGACAGUGAUAGUGCCAAGCGGGGAAAAUAUUGGCAGGAUGAUGAGAAAGCUGAGCGAACGCUCAGCCUUAUCAAAACUUGUAUAAAAACAGCGUCACAAGGCCAAAAUGAAGAGUACACUGCAAGUGGAGCGUUUGCAGCGGUAAAAGUAACUGCCUUUGCCCCUCCUGAGUUUUUGCUUCGUCUGAACCAUGUCAUAUCCUAUCUGAAUACAGCCUUCGAAACUCAUCAGAGGGAUGGCUACAUCGAUGCCACUGGUUUAAAGCAAAUCAUCACUCAAAUAUGCCCAGAACCGUCUUCCGAUGAACAGCGAAACAUUCGUGAAGAAAUUCUCGAUCGUCUUUGCCGAGAGAAAAAAGAAUUAGAUUACUUCCAAUACGCAAAAUUAUUUGAUCUCUCCAACGCUAGCAGAAAUAUUUGGUGGCAACCGGACUACAGCAAAUCGGAGAACGAAGUUUACUUGACAGAAGAGGACCUUCAAGCUUACGAUAGAAUGAUGACACGUUUGAAUGAGGUGUGCCAACUUGCUCAUCAAUUGAGGGUGGGUGUAAUGAUAGAUGCAGAGCAGUCUUAUUUUCAAGAAGCAAUUGACCAUGUUGCUAUUUCUUUGGAAACCAAAUAUAACCGGCGAGACGAUGAGGAGCAUUCUCCAACCGUAUACAAUACAUAUCAAAUGUAUACGAAGGCUGCGCAGAAAAAGUUAGAGAGGGAUGUGGAGAUUGCUGAGAGGGGUAACUUUGCUUUUGCUGCCAAAUUGGUACGAGGUGCCUAUAUGGUGACCGAAAGAAAGCGCGCAAAAAAGAUGCAUUACGAAUCACCCAUUCACGAAACAAUAGAAGAUACUCAUGCAUCUUUUAACAAUGGUGUUCGGUUCUUACUCGGAAAAUUGAAAGAACACCAAGAAAUCCACAGUGAACCUUUAGCAGGUACCACUGCACCUGUUGUUUUCAUGGUUGCUACCCACAAUAAAGAUUCUAUCAUCAUGACAGUGAAGGAAAUGGAAAAGCACAAUGUACUGCCUCGAUCAGGCGUUGUUCAUUUUGGACAGCUCUACGGCAUGCAAGACCAAAUUUCUUAUACCUUGGGUAAAAAUGGCUAUUCCAUCUACAAGUAUCUUCCUUACGGUACAAUCGAAGAUGUCAUUCCUUAUCUACUGCGACGCGCUCAAGAGAACUCAGCAGUGCUUGGUGGUGUGGACACGGAACAAGGGUUGAUGUGGGAUGAACUCAAAACCCGCCUUUUUGGCGCUGUACAGGCUCCUGUGGAUACCACUAAAGCUGUCGCUCCUGUUGUAGAUUAUACAUUAGAAAACAAUACUGGAGCUGCUACUGAACCUACUGGGGUUUCAACAAAGACAUCAUGA